GGACACUCCUGAGAGCGGAAGACGUUUCUCUUUGGUAAAAGCAACAUGGUGUCACCCUGUAGACAAUGUGAACAUAAACAAGCGGCUCUCCUCUAACUCGAUAAACACGGUCCCCCCGCAGAGGAACACCAGUAGCAGCUGCUGAAGCUCAAUGGCGCUGAGAGUGUGCGCUCGGUUUCUCAGAGACUCCGCCGUCCUCUCCGGACGGGUCACCGUGUCUGCCCGACAGGAAAGUGCGUCAUGGUGUCUCACAGCGGGAAACGCUGGCUGCAGCCGAGGACGGAGGAACGGAUUUAUCUUCACCCCUGCUUGUUUUAUUACAUCAGAGGCAUUUCUCAGCAGACUGAUGAAAGGCAAAACAGCAGAGGCAGACGGCAGCUUUUAUCGCCUUCCAGCCUCAGUUCUGCCGGACAGCGGUGAACAGUUAUCUCUGUUACUGCAACAUCCAGAUCAGCCUGACAAUUCAAAGGUUUUGAAAGUGGCCAUAAUAGGUGCCCCAAAUGCCGGGAAGUCCACACUGACCAAUCAGCUCCUCGGCAGAAAGGUGUUUGCUGUGUCCAAGAAAGUACACACUACAAGGUCUCGUGCCCUCGGCGUCUUGACAGAGAAUGAUACUCAGAUAAUUUUACUGGACACUCCUGGUCUUACCACUCAAUCAAAGGUCAAAAGACACCAGCUGGAGAAGUCUUUGCUUGUGGAUCCCUGGAACACAGUCAAGGAAGCUGAUAUAAUGGUCGUCAUGGUGGAUGUGUCAGAGAGAUGGAUGUGCAAGAGUCUUGACUUGGAGGUGCUCAAGUGCCUAGCUCAGCACCCUGACAUCCCCGCAGUUCUGGUUCUCAAUAAGGUAGACCUGGUUCAGGCUAAAGACAGGCUGCUGCAUAUCACAGCACAGUUGACCUGUGGAGUGGUGAACGGAUGCAGAAUGCAGGUCAGGCCAGUGAUCAAGCCUCCACGGGCUGAAAAGAGGCCAGAGAGGGCUUCAGAGUUGCCGCUUGACGAGGACAGCGUAGAGCCUGAGGACAAAGCUGAGCCAAACUCUCCACUGAGCAAAGAGCAGCUGAAGGCGCUGAGGGGCCAACAGGGCUGGCCUCACUUCAAGGACAUCUUCAUGCUCUCUUCUGUGGAUAGAGAGGACGUGGAAACACUGAAGACCUACUUUAUGGUUGCAGCCAAGCCAGGAUCGUGGCAGUACCAUAGUGAGGUCCUGACUGACCAGAGUCCAGAGGAAGUCUGCACCAACAUCAUCAGAGAGAAGCUUCUGGAGUAUCUGCCCUUGGAAUUGCCCUAUUCAAUUACACAGUCUAUUGAACUCUGGCAUGUUGGAGAAAAUCAUGAGCUCCAAAUUUCUGUGAAACUUUAUGUCAAGAAAGAAACUCACAUGAGGAUGGUGAUUGGCACAGCCGGCCAGAUGGUAGCGCGGAUCGCCCAAGAGGCGGGUGAGGACCUGAGCCAUGUUUUCCUGAGGGAAGUAAAGCUGAAGCUCUCAGUCAAGCAGAGGAAGUGAAGAGGAUAGGAUGACUUCAGUGGUGAAAUCCUGAAUAGAUGAAGGUGGAUCCUGCUGGAUUUGAGAUGGCUCUUCUUGUCUUUUUCUCUUCAAAGGACAGACGCCGGAUAAUAUCUCAUCAUGAGUCAGAUGUGGAGCUGUGAGGUGGCAUAUAUCCUCAGUCCCAGAGCUCCCACUGAGAUGCUACCUGUCUGAGGGAAAGACAUUGUACUCUGACUGCAUCCUUUGUCUUUAUGCUUCAGCGACCUCUUCUCAUGCAGUCUCAUAAGACAUAAUGAAUGAUGGGAAGAAGUUACGCAUAAGUUGCUGUUAUUAUAGUGGUGGAAAACUGUGAGGGGUGCUCCCACUUGAAAGAAAUACGUCUAUUAAAAGCAGCUCACACAAGUAAUUAAUUAUUGGCAUUUAUUUAGCAAUGAUGUAUUUUAGGCAACAAACAUGACACAGACUCUGAUCCAAAUGCAUGUUUUGACACAAGUUUGACAGCGUGUUCAUGGCUGAGCAGGUUUGGCAAGCUGUGAAAAGGCCGAUGGUUUAUCUUUGGCUCUCAGAGCUUUUUACUUGGCGCUCACUCCUUUCGCGCCUAGCGGAACCUGCACAGUCAUGUUCACUCAAAUGUCCCUGAUGUACCAUCCACCCUUGUUCCCUCCACUCCCACAUCACUUUAGCCUUCUCCGCUGCUUUGAAGUGUGGCCAUCCAUCCCUGCGACUAUCACUUUUUUUGUUCUGCUGCUUUCUUCCCCUUUUCUCUCUCCUCCUCUUCCUUGCCCGCCCUCCCUUUGCUUUUUUGGCUCUUAUAAAGCCCAGCUCUGCCCCCGAGGGCUGAAUUGUCUCCCUAAUGGAUGGCAAAAUGGAGCACUAACCUGAUGCUAAAAUGGGUCAGAUAAUGGUGAUUGGAUUCAUUCCUGCUGCCUGUGAGUUAACUCGACGGUUACUCUAUCCGGGGCAUCUUGAUGAAUAACCAGCUAGUGGCCUAAAGCAAGGGCGACAGGAGGGGGGAGGGGAGGGGAGGGAGGGAGAGGCCUUGAAUGUCUCACAGAAGCUGUGUCAGCCCCUCAAGCUCUCCCUGCUUUCUGCAACGGCUGCUUCCCAGUGAUUAGACAAGCCGGUUGCGCAGCAGAGAUCACUACUUAGACAAGCCAACUGCUGCUUGAAGAUAUUACAGCUGAUGUACGUCUGCCAGCACAUUAAAGUGAACCUUCAAACACAAGAUAUUUAGAAUGCUGAUACCUGAAUAAUGAGGGACUCGUUUGUUUGGGAGCCAUGUUCUUUAUUUUACAUCUCCAAAAUCGAAUCAAAAUAUCAUGAAUAACAAAUCAAUCACCAACUUUGUUCAUCCUCCCGGUCCUGAUGACAUUGAGCAAGGGCCAUAUAACCCUUACCAUUACUAAAACUCAGUAAUGGUAACGGUUUGACGGCCCUCCUCUGUGCAGCGGUCCGCAGUCAGUUAGGCCUGAGUUUGUGCUGAUAGUGCCGGAGGGGGAAUGAAACCCUGGAUAGUACAUCAUCUAUACUGUAGUGUCUCUUUAAUAAACUUACAGUAUAAGAUGAUAUCCUGUCCAGGGCACAAGACAUUAACUGAAAGCAGCGAGCUCCCGCUGUGCUUGUAAUCUGCAAGGCAAAGGCAGACGACUCAUUAGUGAUGCACACAGUGAAGGUCGGCCAAUGAAAAUGUUAAUCAUAUGGUAAACAUAAAAAAAAAACAAAGACGUAUUCAAAUGCCAGUCAGAAGAAAAUGCCCUUCUUAAUAAUGUGUGCUGUAAAACAAAGAGUAUUGUUAAUCCUGCACUGUCAACAUCUCUGUCACCUGCUGCCGAGCCUCCUCCGCUCUGUGUUACAUACUCACCAUUUUUGCACGCAGUGGGGAUGCGGGGGGCAUCUUUUGUGGCUUGCUGACACUUGCCUUCUUAAGCUCAUAUUUUAUGGCUGCUAUGUGUCCACGACUGGUCCACAGGCUCCUAACCACUCUGCUUGCUGGGCUCCGGCACUUAAAGGCCCCCCGGCUCAUUAGCAUACUGUGAUGACAUCUGGGUGGGCCAGACAGCAUUGGGGGGGGGGACUUUUUUUCUUAUCUGUUGCCAACCUGAUCGCCUCUGUCCAAUAAUUGCCCACACCCUUAUUACACCCGAUUGGACUUUGCAGAAAAAAUCCACAUCAAUCCUGUUUUUGUUUUUACUGCAAAUACAAAUGGCAUUAAUUUAACAUGUUCAAUAAGUCAUACUGUAGCAGAGUAAUUUUUUUUAACAUGAAUCAGUUUGAUUUAGCAGCAGAGAAACAAAUGCUUUCCUAGAAGCACUCAAUAUUUCUCAUACUUCUCUAAAUAUUCUUCAUGUCUGCACCACUUCACAGAAUUUAGUUGUGAGUUUUGGCCUUUCUCGGUCAUACACGCCUGAUGAAAAGAACCCAGCAGUAGGCCAGUGAAUUUCUUCAUCUUCUAUUAAAAAGCUGGGAGCUUUAUCUCACAGUGCGGUAAUACAUCUAAUGUUCAUCAUCUCUUAAGUCCUCUGAAUCUCAUAGCCUUUGGAUUUAUGCGUGAUGGUUUCGUGGGUUGGAAUUUAAUACUACGAUAUGUCAGCUGAUGUCAUGUUAUCUGACUUAUUAAACUCUUCUUUUUUUCCAUACGCUCAGCUAGAUUCCAGGAUAUGGAGAGCUGAGAUGUGUUUUUUAUUAGAUGUGUCAUACAGACCAGCAUAUCAAACUCGCAGCAUCAAAUUAUAGCCGGGACUGUGAUGGAGCAGGUAGUAGUUUGCUGUAGUUUGUCUUUAAUCCCUGACAGUUUGUCUACAUCCUUUAAAAACAGGUUGACUUUGUGAGGAAAAUAAAUCUUCCAUGGGGACUUUGUCCUCCA